CUUCCCAUGCGAGCCGGAUGGAGGUGCCGGCGGCGGAUCCCCGCCGGUGGCGGUCGCUGCCGGAGAGCGAGACAGCGGAGGGCGAACCCCUCCUCGUGGCUGAACUAAAGCCAGGACGGCCUCAGCAGUACGACUGGAAAUCAAGCUGUGAGACGUGGAGUGUGGCUUUCUCCCCAGAUGGUUCCUGGUUUGCCUGGUCUCAGGGCCACUGUAUAGUAAAAUUACUCCCCUGGCCAUUGGAGGGGACUGAGCAGAGCUGCAAACCGCUGGAACGCAAGAGCCAGUGCACGAAAACAGAGCCCUGGGGCCGAGGCGGGGCCAAGGAGAAGACGCUGGAGUGUGGGCAGAUUGUCUGGGGCCUGGCUUUCAGCUCCUUGCUCCCCUCUCACUCCAGGAAGCACAUCCUGCGGGUGCCGAGCGUUUCCUGCUUGGUCCUUGCCACGGGGCUGAACGAUGGUCAUAUUAAAGUCUGGGAGGUGCAGACAGGGUGUUUGCUGUUCAGCCUCGCGGGGCAUCAGGAUGUGGUGAGGGACCUGAGCUUCGCACCGGGCGAGAGCUGCGCGAUCCUCGUCUCCGCCUCCCGUGACAAAACCCUGCGUGUCUGGGACCUGGGUCAAAACGGGAAGGAGCUGAAGGUGUUGUCUGGACACGUGCAGUGGGUCUACUGUUGUUGCAUCUCUCCCGACGGACACAUGUUGUGCUCUGCUGCAGGAGAGAAAUCGGCCCUGCUCUGGAGCAUGAGCUCGUAUCGGCUGCUCCGACGACUGGAAGGGCACCAGGGCUGUGUCGUGUCCUGCGAGUUCUCUCCCGACUCGGCGCUUCUUGCCACUGCCUCCUACGACCAGUUCGUGAUCCUCUGGGACCCCUGCACGGGGGAGCAGCUGAGAUCCCUCUGCCAUGUCCCACUGCAGUCCGUUCUGGACCACGGCAGCGACUUCCACGCCAGCUCGCUGAGAUCUGUCUGCUUCUCCCCUGAAGGCCUCUAUCUCGCUACUGUGGCAGACGACCGGCUCCUGCGGAUCUGGGCCUUGGAGCUCGGAAAGCCUGUUGCCUUUGCCCCUGUGAAGAACGGCCUCUGCUGUACCUAUUUCCCACACGGGGGAAUCAUUGCGACGGGGACAAGGGACGGCCACAUCCAGUUCUGGACGGCUCCUCAGGCGCUCUCCUCUCUGAAACACCUGUGCCGUAAAGUCCUCCGUGGCCGCUUCUCGACUCACCAGGUCUUGGCGUUGCCCAUUCCAAAGAAGAUGAAGGAGUUCCUCACCUAUAGGACUUUGUGACCCCGGCGAGGGCAGCGGCUCGACCGCAUCUGCCUUUUUUAUUCCUUCACUGCGGAGAGACCGUCACCUCCCCAAGGCUCAUGCCAUGCUUUGGUGCGCUGCAGCGCAGAGGGCCAGAGUCGGAUGGUUUUCAGCCUGGGGCUGUGUGGCAGAGUUAACUUUCUGCUGGGAACAGUACCGCAAAAACUAGCAGCUGUGGAAGAUGCAUCCCAUCCCGGGAGGCACAGAAGAAUCGCUGCUUGGAGGUGCUAUCAUUUGGCCUGUGAAUGGCUGCUGAGUGUUACUUUGCGGCUUCUCCUGGACUUGGAUCACUUCCUUAAAUGGAAACUGAAAAUCUUUCGGGCUUGGAGGUGCUCUGCUGGUAGACGUCUAACCAUAUGCCCUUCAUGCAGGGCCCAGCAGCUGGUCCCAGGAUGCCCUGGGCAUGGAUAAGUGAUACAUUCAUUUCAAUGUUCGCUGUCAUUUCAGGAGUGAUUCUUCCUCCAAGGGACCAAAUAGAACUGGAGACCUAAUUUCUGUUUGAGCAGCAGAGGUAUGCCAGAACUACUCCUCCUCCAUUGGCUUUGAUAACCUUCUUUUGAAGAAGUUGGAAGCAUUAAAACAGAGGGAGGUCACCAUGGUGCACAGAAGUUUCAUCGGCAGCACCAUCCUGGGCCUUGGGCAGACAGGUAAUUUUCUCCUGUCUGUGCCAGGGCAGGCAAGUCGUGACCCUCCCGGUGUUUUGACUUCUCUGAUCCAGCCCAGCUCACACGAGGGUUGGUGGACAGUGGGAGCUGGAGGCCAACAGGUUGCCCAGCCCUAGUCUAUGCUAACACGAAAGACACUUUGGAGAACCUGACGGGAGAGGCCUGGAUUUUCUGGUAACUCUGGUGAAGGUGUCACCUGGGGGUUUAGGGCUGAAAGACCAUCAGUGAGAUGCACCACCAGCAGCAGGACUCACUAGGUGUGGUACAACCCUUUUGAUGGGCCACGCAGCCACAUUCUUGUUCUAUCCUUGCAUAAAUGCCACUUUAAACACACUUCUGAAAUUGUAUCUGGUGCAAGUUAACUUAAGAAGGUGCUAAUGAAUGUACUAUGUUGAGAAUAAACACCUAUUGCUGAU